UAGUGCGAUGCUGGUGUUUUACCUGCGCUCUGUGUGUGUGUCGCAUACGUGCUUGCUUAUCCCCUGCAUGCGUGUAAUAGAGGCAAUCGGCGGGCGCUGAGUGUAAUUCUCGCUCGGAGACAAGUACUGGAAUUUAGUGCUGGAACUAAAUUGAAGAGGUAACUUCUCUGCUUAAUUCUUAGAACUUGUUUGCUUGCUGUGAGAUACCAUGGGUGAUGAUUAUGAAGCAGAGGAGCGGGCCAGGAGGAGGGAAGAGAGAAGAAAAAAGAGGGAGGCUGAACGUGCUGCGGCGGCUUCGACCAAUGGGUUUGAUAGUACAUCUAGCAGAGACCUGGAUGAAAUCAGAAGAAGACGGGAGGAACGUCGGGCAAAGCUCAGGCAAUCAGCGGCAGAGGAGGCGGAGACUAAUGGGCCAACAGAAGAAACAGACGAAGAGAGAGCGCGGCGAGAGAGGAGAGAAAAGAGGGCCAGGGAGCGAGCAGAGAGAGAAGCAGCCGAUGCAGCAGAAGAGUCAUCAUACAUAUCCCGUCGCCGUCGACAACGGGAGGAGAACAACAAUGAAUCGUUGACGCCAAAAAAGAUUGAGAGUGAAACGGUAGAAGACACAUCGAGUCAACAGCAGGAGGAGGAUGAUACACAGAAUCAGAGAGAGGAGGAGGAGAGGAGACAGAGAGAAGAAGAAGAGGAAAGACAGAGACAAGAGGAGAGAGAACGAAGACGCCGUGAGAGAGAGGAGGAAGAAGAACGUCAAAGGCAGGAGGAGGCAGCAGCAGCUGCAGCCAGGGAAGAAGAGGAGAGAAGACAAGAGGAACGAAAGAGGAAAGAAGAAGAAGCGAAGAAGAAGGAAGAGGAGAAGAAAAGAAAAGCAGCCGAGGAGGAACGUCGGAAAAAAGAAGAAGCCGAGAAGGCGAAACCAGCCGAGCAAGCAAAGACAGAUGCCGCUCCUGCAGCCGACGCUGCUCCCGCCGCCGCUCCCGCCAAACCUAAACCCAAACUUGGCGGCAAGCUUGGUAGUAAACUCACUGCCGGAAGAAAAAAGAAUAUUAUGCAAAUGAUGAUGAAGAAAGCCCAAACCGACCUGAAGGUUGAAGCGGAACAGAAAGCCGAGAUGAGGAAUAAGUACGUCGAAGAAAACGUCAAACCACUCAGCAUCGAUUCCCUGUCACGCGAUCGUCUCCGUGAGCUCUGUGAAGAGCUGAGCGAGCAGCUGAGGGAUGCGGAGGGUAACAAAUUUGACCUGGAAGUUAUUAUACGCAAGCAAGAUCUAGAGAUUGAAGACAUGAAAGUUCGAGCUAAUGAAGCAAGGGGCAAAUUUGAAAGACCAGAGCUCAAGAAAGUACAGAGGAAUACAGACAAACCGUCUGACACGGAGGCUAAGUUUGAUUUUCGCAGCUUGAUCACAGCCCUAAAGAGUGUCUGAAUUAUGCAUUGUGUUUAGUGCACGACAUGCAUUACAUUGGCAACUAAACUAGGUUCUUUAAUUCAUCUCGUUCGCAUCGUCAUCUUCUUUAUUCAUGUGCUAUUGUCUCCGAGACUUGAUUGCCAGACCAAUACAGUUCAACCAAUCGGAUCGCCCAUCUCAUCUUGUAGAGGCCUCCUUCUUCCAAUUGCAUUUCAUGUCUUAUAAAAAGAUAUUGACAACUAUAACAACUCCCUAUGUUUCCUCGUAAGGUUACAUAUUCAGUGAAGAUAUAUGGCAUCUUAGAAUGUUCCCCUCUGAUGAAGAUAAAUAUGGUGAUUUCCACAGUACUUUGACAAAAGGAAGCGGGUGACAUUUUAACAAAACUUGAGUUUUUAUUUGGCAAAGAUCUUGAUUAAUUAUUGAUUUCCUCUUCUGGGUGAACUUUUGUCGAAAAUAAAAGGCAUUUGGAUUUAUUUAAAUUACAGAAUUACUUGCUCUUUUACAGAAAAUUGUAGUUUAAUAACUUAUAACUAAUAGGGCAGCAUCGUUGGCUUUGUUCAACUCGGCUCUACAGGAAUCAUAAAUGAACUUUGGGAAGAAAUCCAUUUUUUCGUGGGUUCAGAGUUCAUAGUAGAUAGUUGUUUAUAGCUACAUACAUAUAUAUGUAUGCAAUUACCAGAGAUGCCAACUAUUUUUAAUUGCUGCGUUUAUGGGGGGGGGGUUAAUGAAAGGUAUUGCAUGUUUUAUGAAAAAAUGUAUUUUUCCCAAAAUCACAUUAUCAACAUACAUGUAUCUAUUACAGAACAGUUGAAAAUCCUGUUUUUCCAAUCCAAACAUCACUAUUUCAUCCCUCCAAAUACUGCAAGUAUUCCUCCAAUGUUGGCAUUUUUCUAAUAGUUAUAUUACAAAGUGCCUUAUAUAGAACACUACACCCUAAACUAUGCAAGGUAUUUAUUUCUUAAUGACAUAUAGUCUGGUUAAUAAGGGCUCUUUGAAAGUGUUUGUACGGUCUAGUCCAUGUACCUAUUUCCUGCUUGUAUUAUAAUCUACUUUGAUGUGUGAUGAGAUUGUCUUUGUUACCAAACUUCAAACCAAGUUACUAGGCCAUGUAACACAAAGGUUCGUGAUCAAUUGUAAUUAUUAAAAAUGAUUCUGAUUGGCUCCUGGGCAGUGGUAUGAACAAAAUCUUCAUGUAACCAUGAUCGUGACUGGCCACUGUCAUUUAGCAUUGAUAACAAAUCUUUGUGUUACAGAGCCCAGGGAAAUUACAAUAGGAUAUCGAUGCAACAUAAUGUAUGCACAAUAUCAUAUGUAUGUGCCAAAAUCAUAGCCAGAUGGAUGUAAUUCAGUACAGAAGUUGUAUUCUAAAAAAUUAGGGUUGCUUCGGGUUUGAGUUUUUUUUUCUCAUGGUACCCGCUUGGUCAGACAUGGCACAACAAAUGACUCCACUUAUCAUUGGGUGUUGGCCACAGAAACAUGUAAUUUCUAUAUACUUUAUAUUUGGACUACACUGCACCAGUAGGCAAUAGGUUCGUAAAUGGUUAUGCUGAGUGUGAGGUCUGAAAUGAGCAAAAAAAAAUCUGGCGUAAAAACUGCAAAAAAAUUGGGUCUUUUUUUUUUUGUAUUCUGAAAUUUUGUUCUAUCGGUCUACAGAUUUUAAAGUUACAAACCAAACAAUUUAUCCUGUCUGUUAUGUUUGUUGGUUAAAUUAUUGACUUUGUAUUUAGGGGAAAAGGGCUUUGCUCUUUGUGGCCCUUAGUCUGAACACACCUUAAUUUUGUCAUUCCCUUGACUAGGAGUAUCCCUGGUUCAUUCAGACUGGGAAAAAUAAUCCUGAGAUUAGCAAUAUCUCACAUACAAUGCAGCUCAGUGUUAUUGCAAAGCCAGGCCUACAUACAUGUAUGAAUAGCUCUUGUAUGUAAUUUUGGAGACUCUCUUUGUACUUGUAUAUAUUUGUUUAAUUUUGAUUGGCUUCAGUAUAAAUACUUUGCCUAUUACUGCCUUCUGUAGAAACUUUAAGCCAUAUUAUUCACUGUAGUCCCAUGUACUAACUUUGGAUAAAUGUUCAGUACUAGAAUAGUACUGGAAGGAACAAGUGAUCAUUAGUGUACUGUAUGAAAUGUCACUACUGCCUUUGAACAUUCAUAACAUUUACAAAUCCUCUUGAAGAUGACUGAGAAAAUUUUCUUGUUGAUAUAUCAUUAUCAGGGUAUCUGCAUAAAAGGUAUUAAAGGGGAAGUUCA